AUGUUAGCAUUUGACAACGACGAGGUUUUGCACGUGGAUGACUCGGUUGAUCCCGUCCGUGACUUGGAAACCAUUCAGAACGAGCUUUGCAAGAAGGACCUCGACAUUCUUGCCAAGACCAUUGUUGCCGAAGAGUUGAUCGUCAAGAAGGCAGGAGGCAAGUACAAGAUGCUGCCCCUCUUCACAGAGACAACGACAAAGAUCCAAGCUAUGCUGGAGAAGAACACCCCAGUCCGCGACGGAAGCUGGACCCCCGCCGAAAUCGCCCUCAUCAACGAAAAGAUGUCGCUCAUCACCACCAAGCCCGUCAUCUACCUCGUCAACCUGACAAUGAAGGACUACCUCCGCCAAAAGAGCAAGUACCUCCCGUCCAUCGCCAAGUGGGUCACCGAGCACGGCGGCGUCCCGCGCGACAUCAUCCCCUUCUCCGUCGAGUUCGAGGAGAAGCUGCACAGCUUGAAAGACGACCCGGCCGCGCGGGAGGAGUUCCUCAAGGAGAGCAAGGUCAAGUCCAAGUUGGAUAAGAUUGUGACGGAAGGGUUCACGAAGCUUGGAUUGCAGUAUUACUUCACUGCGGGUGAGAAGGAAAUCAGAUGUUGGACGAUUCCGAGAAAUUGCCUUGCUCCGCAAGCUGCCGGCGCCAUCCACAGCGACUUUGAGAGGGGCUUCAUCAAGGCUGAAGUCGUUGCCUACCAAGACUUCCACGACCUCUGCGAGGGCGGCAAGUCCAUGGGUCCCAUCAAGGCUGCUGGCAAGUACCGCCAGGAAGGAAAGUCAUAUGUUGUUCAAGAUGGUGAUAUUAUUCAUUUCCAAUUCAACGUUGGAAACAAGAAAUAG